GUUUCAGAAUCACUUUGCCCAAAUCAUGAAAAAUAAUUAAUUCGAAACUAAGAUCUGAUUCGGAACAUCACUAUUACCGCUUACUAGUUUCAGCCAGCAACAGUAUCCUGAAACUCUACACCAGAGCAAUAAAUAUCUCUACCAUAUGUAUUAUGCAUUAUUAACGAGCAUUUUGUGUCGUAACCUGUUGUGAGGACUACGUAGUGCGCACACUUCCUCAUGCAACAGCCUCAUCGUGUGGAAACACCUUCAACACAUCCACACACGCCAGAGGAAGAGAGAGAGGGAGAAAGGGGGCGGCGAAUCGUUUGCCUCCCGCAUAUUUUCUGUCUUUACGUCCUCUUCUCUCUCUGAAUCUCUAGUUUUCCUCCUAACAUGGCUGCGCUCUCAGCCUGGUUCUGGAACGAGCGCUUCUGGCUUCCGCACAAUGUCACUUGGGCGGAUCUGGCCGACCCAGCGCCCGGAGUGGAGUACCCUAAAGCCGGCCACUUGCUCUCCGCGCUGCCGCUGGCCUUGGGGAUCUUCGCGGUGCGGAUCGUCUUCGAGAGGUGUAUCGCGGGUCCAUGUGCCUCCAUCCUUCACAUCCAGACGGAGUUGAGUCGGAGAGCUCAGCCCAACGCCGUCCUGGAGAAAGUGUUUACAUCCAUCACAAGGUCCCCAGACUCGAGGCACUUAGAGGGUCUGUCUAAGCAGCUGGACUGGGACGUGAGGAAGGUCCAGCGAUGGUUUCGACACCGGCGGAACCAGGACAAACCCAGCACAAGAACCAAGUUUUGCGAGAGCAUGUGGAGGUUUACAUUCUAUCUGUAUAUAUUUACGUAUGGGAUCCGUUUCCUGUGGCAGUCUCCCUGGAUGUGGGAUACGAGACACUGCUGGUACAAUUACCCUUAUCAGGUAACGCUUAAAAUAGAUUUAUUUUAUUUGUACACGGUGGAAACAAUCUGGAGAAUUCGGCUGCUGUUUGCAUUUUUUUUACAUAUUUCCCGUGUGUUUCUGCAGGAUUUCCUCAUCAUGUUCGUUCAUCAUCUGGCGACCAUCAGCCUGAUCAGUUUCUCGUAUGUAAAUAACAUGUUGCGUGUGGGGAGUCUGGUCAUGUGCGUUCACGACACAUCGGACUUCCUGCUGGAGGCCGCAAAGUUAGCAAACUAUGCCAAAUACCAGCGUUUAUGUGACUUCUUGUUUGUGGUGUUCAGUAUGAUCUUCUUCGGGACGAGAUUGAUCAUUUUCCCCUUCUGGAUUCUGAACACGACGCUCUUCGAGAGCUGGGAGAUCAUCGGGCCGUACCCGUCCUGGUGGCUCUUCAACUUUCUGCUGCUGGUGUUGCAGGUGCUGCACAUCCUCUGGUCCUACCUCAUCGCCGGCAUCGCCUUCAAAGCCAUCAUGAGAGGAAAGGUGUCCAAAGACGACCGCAGCGACAUCGAAAGCAGCUCGGAGGAAGAAACCGAAACGUCACCCAAAGAGCGACUCAAGACGGCUUCAUCCCGAGGAGAAAACGGCACCAACGGCCAUUUUGGCUCUAAACCCUGGAGCCAGAACCACAACAACUGGUGACGCUCACUCCACGUGGCCUUGCGCACAAAGAACUCAUGUCCCAGAAAUAUCGUGACGGGACUAUUGCUCAUCCCUGUACCUCACUCCAACACCAAAACC